ACGCCCCAUAGCGUCACCCUCCCAAGGGAGAUUCGCUACAGGAAGCGACGCCUCGCUCAUUCAAUAAAUCCGCGCUUGCGGCCGGGAUGCGGGGCUGAUGGUCACUGCCUCCUCCUCCUCCUGCUGCUGCUGCUGCUCCUCCUGCUGCUGCUGCUGCUGCCGCUGCCUCCGGGCCCGAGUGCGCAGCGCGUCUAUGCGCGGCGAGGGAGCAGGGAGCAUCGUGAAGAGAGCCUGCAAGGGAAAGUGCCUUCUUACUCCUCCUCCUCCUCCACCUCCUCCUCCUCCUGCUGCUCUCCUCCUGGCUGCUCGUGGUGGCUGUGGCUGUGGUGGUGUCAGUGAGACGCAGCGCUCGGGUCGCCGCUGCAAGCACGAAGCAGCAGCAGCAUCCCAGCGGCCAGCCCGCCGCUCUCCCCGCUCCACGAAGCCGGCCCCCCUCCCCGCUCCACCCAGCCCGCACAGCCAGGCUAGCCUAGCCAGGACAGCAUGGCCGGGCCCCGGCUGCCCGUGACGGGACUGCUGCUCCUGCUGCUGCCUCGCCUCGCCCGCACGGACUUUGCCAAGUUUCCGCCGAGCAGCAGCUUCAGCAACAGCGGCGGCGGCGUUGCUGAGCAGGACACGGCGGCGGAGGAGGUGGACUACAAGGACCCCUGCAAAGCAGUGGCCUUCUUGGGGGACAUCGCACUCGACGAAGAAGACUUGAGCCUUUUCCAGGUGGACCGCAUGGUCGACCUGACGAAGCACACAGUGGUGAGGACGAGCCAUAGCACAGGGGAAGCGGUGGGAGAGAGCAGAGUGCCUGGGUGGAAUUUCACAUCAUCCCAAAGUGAGUCAAGGUCACGGCGACAUCGGAAUGGCCGGAGAAAAGCAAGCAAAGCCGCCAAGCGGAGGUUUCGGAGCAGAGCCCCACGAGCGGCCACGGCGAGGUCGGAGCGGAUCUGGCCCGGAGGAGUCAUCCCGUACAUCGUCGGGGGAAACUUCACGGGCAGUCAGAAGGCCAUGUUCCGGCAAGCCAUGCGUCACUGGGAGAAACACACGUGCGUGACGUUCAUCGAGAGGACUGACGAGGAGAGUUACAUCGUCUUCACGUACCGGCCGUGCGGCUGCUGCUCGUACGUGGGGAGACGAGGCGGCGGUCCCCAGGCCAUCUCCAUCGGCAAGAACUGCGACAAGUUCGGCAUCGUGGUGCACGAGCUGGGCCACGUGAUCGGGUUCUGGCACGAGCACACGCGGCCCGACCGGGACGACCACGUGACCAUCAUCAAGGCGAACAUUCAGCCAGGGCAGGAGUAUAACUUUCUGAAGAUGGAGCCAGGGGAGGUUGACUCUUUGGGGGAGUCGUACGACUUUGACAGCAUCAUGCACUACGCACGCAACACCUUCUCACGAGGAAUAUUCCUGGACACCAUUCUUCCCCGGCCGGACGACAGCGGAGUGAGGCCGGCGAUCGGCCAGAGGACACGUCUGAGCCAGGGGGACAUCGCCCAAGCCAGAAAGCUGUACCGCUGCCCAGCCUGUGGAGAAACGCUGCAGGAAUCGGUCGGGAACUUCUCGUCACCCGGCUUCCCCAACGGCUACCCCUCGUACUCGCACUGCGUGUGGAAGAUCUCCGUCACUCCCGGCGAGAAGAUCACCCUUAACUUCACCUCGCUGGACGUGUUCAAGAGCCGCCUCUGCUGGUACGACUACAUCGAAGUGAGGGACGGCUUCUGGAGAAAGGCCCCUUUGCUGGGCCGCGUGUGCGGGGACAAGCUCCCCGAGCCGCUCGUCUCCACCAGCUCGUGGAUGUGGAUUGAGUUCCGCAGCAGCAGCAACUGGGUGGGACGCGGCUUCUCGGCGGCGUAUGAAGCCAUUUGUGGUGGAGAGGUUAAUAGAGAAAAUGGACAGAUCCAGUCUCCAAACUACCCUGACGACUACAGGCCUUCCAAGGAGUGUGUAUGGAAGAUCAGUGUUACAGAGGGCUUCAUAGUCGGACUCACUUUCCAAGCUUUUGAGAUCGAGAAGCACGAUAACUGCGCCUACGAUUACCUGGAGGUUCGCGAUGGUGACAACGAUAGCAGCCAGCUGAUUGGCCGCUACUGCGGAUACGAGAAACCAGAUGACAUCAAGUCCAGCAGCAACAAGCUUUGGAUGAAGUUCGUUUCCGAUAGCUCGGUCAACAAGGCUGGCUUCGCGGCAAACUUCUUCAAGGAAAUAGACGAGUGUGCAAGGCCGGACAACGGUGGUUGUGAGCAGAACUGUGUGAACACGUUGGGCAGCUACCGCUGUGCCUGUGACCCUGGAUAUGAGCUGGCACCCGACAAGAGGAGCUGUGAAGCGGCUUGCGGGGGCUUCCUCAACAAGCUCAACGGCACCAUGACGAGCCCCGGGUGGCCCAAGGAGUACCCUCCCAACAAGCACUGCGUGUGGCAGGUGGUGGCCCCAGCGCAGUACCGCAUCUCUCUGCAGUUCGAGUUCUUCGAGCUGGAAGGAAACGACGUGUGCAAGUACGACUAUGUGGAAAUCCGGAGCGGCCUCUCUUCGGAAUCCAAGCUGCACGGCAAGUUCUGUGGCACGGAACUCCCAGACGUGAUCACAUCGCAGAACAACAACCUACGCCUCGAGUUCAAGUCGGACAACACCGUCUCCAAGAAGGGCUUCAAAGUCCACUUCUUCUCGGACAAGGACGAGUGCUCGCAGCACAACGGCGGCUGCCAGCACGACUGCAUCAACACGCUCGGGAGCUACAGCUGCCAGUGCCGCAACGGGUUCAUGCUUCAUGAGAAUGGCCACGACUGCAAAGAAGCGGGCUGUGAACACAAGAUCAACAGUGCCGAGGGAGUCAUCUCAAGCCCUAACUGGCCAGACAAAUACCCCAACCGCAGGGAGUGCACCUGGGAGAUCUCAGCAACGCCCGGCCAUCGCGUCAAGCUGACGUUCAGCGAGUUCGAGGUGGAGCAGCACCAGGAGUGCGCCUACGACCACCUGGAGGUGUACGAUGGCAGCAGCGAGAAAGCUCCUAUCCUCGGCCGCUUCUGCGGCAGCAAGAAGCCCGAGGCGGUUCUGUCGACGCUCAACAAGAUGUACCUCAGGUUCAUGUCGGAUGCCUCCGUACAAAAGCGGGGCUUCCAGGCCAUCCACUCCACAGUGUGCGGCGGUAAGCUGAGGGCGGACGUGGCUCCCAGGGAGCUGUACUCGCACGCCCAGUUCGGCGACAACAACUACCCCGGGCAGCUGGACUGCGACUGGGUGAUCACGGCCGAGGACGGCUACGGCGUGGAGCUCACCUUCCUCACCUUCGAGAUCGAGGAGGAGGCCGACUGCGGCUAUGACUACAUGGAGCUGUACGACGGUUACAGCGCCGACGCCCUUCGCCUCGGGCGGUUCUGCGGCUCUGGGCCACCGGAGGAGGUGUACUCAUCGGGAGACAGCAUCAUGAUCCGCUUCCACUCGGAUGACACGAUUGGGAAGAAAGGCUUUCACGCACGCUACACCAGCACCAAGUUCCAAGAUGCUCUGCACGCCAAAAAAUGAUGAUCCACGCGCAUGGCGAAGCCUUUAUAUACCUAGCCAAGCCUGUAUGUAAAGGACAUGAUUCUGCGUCCUGUGUAAAAAAAAAAAUUAAAAGAAUGAAACGACAAGAAAAAAGAAAAAACAAAGAAACAAAGAAAUUGUUCGGUAAAUAUGCAUUAUGUUUUAUAGCAAACAAAUACCAAUUAAACGCAAAUGGAAAGUAUUUGUACAACGGAGGAGCAUCGACACUUCAGGGAAGAUGUAAUGAAGUGGUUUAAAGUGCACUUGUGGUGCAUUGAGCACAUCAAGAAUACUAUACAUCUGAGCCACACAACAUGCCACUAGACUGCUUAGCAAUCAUUGUUCAGAAACAUUUCGUCCCAAGUGUUCGGAACGUUGUUUUGACAAAGACUGUUCAAGGAGACUUGAAACUGUGGGUUUCUUAUGUCCUUAUUUUGCGCUUAUUACGUUGUUUGUGCCCACAAGUUCACAUUAUCGGACUGUCAUACUUUGAUUUUUUGUGCGUGAAAAUCUACGCAGGCUAAAUAUAUUUGCCUUUGAUGAAGGCAAAAUUGUAUUUUAAAGACGAAACAAAUGGUGAUUUUUUACCAUCAUUUUUAUUUGUUGUUUAAGUGUUUACUUUUCAGUUUUUAUUUUUUAUUUUCCAGGCCAAUACGACGGUAAAAAAAUAAUAAAAAAAUGAACUCCACAAAUGGUAAAUAAAACCACAUUUUUGUGUAAACUUCAGUAUUUAUACAUUUUGUUGUUUUUUAUUUUUUCAGUUGCAUAUUUGACUUAACAAGGGCAUUUAUUGUUUUUGUUAUUGGACAUGGUAACUGUCAUUAAACCCCAGUAAAAAGACCAUAUUCUAACAUU